AUCUGCUCAUCUUGUUUUUUCUUUCUUUGACUUGUUUGGCUUUGAUUUCUGCUUUGGAUAACAACAACAACAAGUUUGAUAAUUUCAACACUCGUCACAACAACAACAACAACAACAAAAACAUCAACAAAAGAAAACAACACAGAAACAAUCGCCGACAGCAACAGUUUCAACCCCAGCAGCAGCAGCAGCAACGUGAUUAUGACGUCAUGGAUCCAUUCCACCAAUCAGAAUCCAACUUUCUGAAAGAUUGGAAUUUGUCUAAAGUUGAUUGGCUGUCGAGGAGCUCGGCCAGGUGCGUUGCCAUGCCAACGAACUUGACCUUGUGCAAAGGUCUCGGCUACGAAAUGAUGAUGAUGCCCAACAAAUUGCAACACAACACUUUACACGAGGUGACCACGGAGGCCAAGCAGUGGGUGCAACUAAUUGCCAAAAAGUGUCACCCAAACGCCCAGGCGCUCCUGUGCUCCCUAUUUGCUCCCGUCUGCCACGGACCGUCCGGAUUGGACCCCUGCCAAAACCUCUGCGAGGAGGUACGAAAUGGCUGUGAGGGCGAGAUGGCGAGACACGGCUUCCAGUGGCCCGAUAUGCUGGACUGCGAUAAAUUCCCCUUACAGAAUCAAACGCUGUGCGUCAGCGUUGAGAAGAAUGAUGACGACGACGACGACGAUGAUGAUAAUAAUAAUGAGAGAGAUGAUGAUAGAAAAGUGGGCGGUGGUGGUGGAAAUAAAGGAGAGAGAAGGAUGGAUGGUGGAAGAGGGGGCAAAUGCAAGGCUUGCAAGCGUUUGAAAAGUUACAAGGACCUGACGAGUGCUUUCUGCUCUAAUGAUUUUGCCCUGUCGGCUAAGAUCAAUCUCAGUCUCGUCAUUGGAGACGACAUAAAAGUGAAUCUAAACGAAAAAAAGUUGAAAGUACUAAAAAUAAAUAACCCAAACAACAACAACAACAACAACAACAACAACAACAAUGGAAAUAAAGAUAAAACUGAUGAAGCGCUUAAGAGAAAAUUGCGCAAAUCGCUUCUCUAUUUGAUCGACGGAGCCAACUGCGAUUGUGCUCACUUGGAAACUAUAAAUGGAAAACGCGGCAAUUCUAGCUACCUGCUGAUGGGAAAUUACAAAGAAAUCGAAAGUGAAAGUGGAACUAACAGGAACGGCAAACCCAAGAAAGAAAUUAAAUUUUACUUGACGUCAGUUCAGCCUGUUACCAAAGACGUCAAAUUGUUGGUGAUGAAAUUAAACGAGCAUGCGAACCGUGGGGGCAACGAGGAAUUUUGUCGACAGAUGGCCUCCAAGAAUAAAAAAGAUAAUAAAAAUUGAAUGAAUGAGUGAUUGAAUGAAUGAGUGAUUGAAUGAAUGAGUGAUUGAAUGAAUGAAUGAACAAACGAAUAAAUGAAUAAAUAACUAAAAACAUAUAUAUAUAUAUAUAUAUAUUUUAUGUUGUGACUAGUGAACCUAUAUAUAAAUUUAUUUCUUUUACUAUUCGUCACUUUUUCAUAUAAUUCGUAAUUGUUCCUUCAUUAAUUCAUUCAUUCACUCUUGCACUCCUCCAACCAUUCAUUCAUUCAUUCAUCCAUUUAUUUAUCAAAUCGUUAAUUCAUCUAUUAAUUCACGACUCAUUCAUAAAUUUAUUCAUUCUUCUCUCGGUCAAAAUAUUCACAUACAAAAAACUUGUUUCAUUAAAAGAAGGGUAAACAAUGUUAUUAUUGUUACGAUCAUAAUAAAUAUUAUUAUUACACAACUUU